UCAGUGGCUUAUAGCAGGACUGCAGGACUGCGGCGGGCAUUCUGAAACUGGGGGGAACUGACUUGGUGUCACUGACAUCCCCCGUGACACCAAUACAGUGAAAAAAAGCACUGACACUGUACUAAUGGCACUGGGCAGGAAGGGGUUAAUAUGAGGAGUGAUCAAAGGGUUAACUGUGGGGCUGUGUCAGUGUGCUUCACUGUAAGCACGCUGCUUUGGAUGGCUGUGCACAGCCAUCCAAAGCAGUGUGACCAAGCUGACAGGGAGGAGAACUGUUAGUAAACAAAACAGUUCUCCCCGUCGGAGAUCGUCGGAAAUCA